GAGAGCUGAAUAUGCAAGUGUAUGAGUUAUCACCACUUACUUCGGCCAUAAGCCCUUUGAUGCUGCUACAGUUUGAGUUCGGAAGUUCAAUUCUACCCAAUUUGAUGCAGAUACAGCCAUUGUCGUACGUUUCUCAUAUCCACAAGCCGACCUCCAAGAAUCCUUUACUCAACAAUCCUGCGAUUCAAUUCGUCCUGAAUGAAGCUAAAGAAUUCCAACCCUCGAAAACCCAAUUCAAGUCUCAUGCUCAAGAGGAAGAAGAAGAGUUUUUUCCCCAUAAGCAGAAUGGGUUUAGUUCAAAUAUGCAGAUUUCACAUCCGUGGCGUGAAUGGGUGGAUUUGAUGGAGAAAUUGUUAAAAAAUGGGUAUUUUGAUGAGAUCGGAAACCCUUUUGCAAAUAUUGGUGAAUUGGGCAGUAAAGAGGCGAACUUAAUAAGAACUGCUUCCUUGAAUUUUGCCCGCGACAACUACCAACUUAUAAGAUACUUGUCACGGAAAGAUAUUAUGGUAAUUGUUGGGUCUGGGUGUCCAAGCACAGAUAGGAAAGUUGUCAACUCGGGAAAGCGUUUAAGAGCUCAUGUGGGAAUUAAUGAAGGAAAUGUUUGCAGCUCCUGCAUCUUAAGAGGUGAUUGUGAUAGAGCGUAUGUAAAGGCACGUGAGGAUGAAGGAGGUAGGACUGUGGAUGUUAUGCGAUUUUUGUUGACAUACGGUCUUGAUCCCAUAGUUGGUUCUGUGGAAAACAAGCCAAGCAUAAACAAAAGGGUUAAAGAAUCUGUAAGAACAUUGUUGAAAGAAAUGGUGGAGAUUAAAGUUGAGCGACAUGAUUGUGAACCACCAAAGGCCAACACCCCGGGUUGGAACCCGUCCGCCCAAGAAAACGAUAUUAACCAAGGUAGGAGGCGAAUUAAUGUUCCAAUGAAGCAAGGCGACUGGAUUUGUCCCAAGUAAGAUGCACAUCCAGCCUAUAUAGUAUACGUUUGCCUUUACAGUCCUCAAUGUAAAAAAUGUUUAUUAAAUUUCUAUAUUUUUUCUAGAUGUAAUUGCCUUAACUUUGCCCGAAAUGUCAAGUGCUUGCGCUGUGAUAGCUUCUUCCAGGAAAGACUUAGAAAAAUAGCAGAAGACCAGGAACAUCUUCCCUUGAAGAAAGGAGAUUGGAUAUGUGACAAAUGCAACUUUUUGAACUUUGCAAGAAAUACAAAGUGUUUACAGUGUAAGGAGAAUCCUCCAAAGCGGCAACUUAGUCCUGGAGAGUGGGAAUGUGAUUCGUGUAACUACAUCAAUUUUCGAAGAAAUAUGGUGUGUCUGAAAUGUGACCAUAAGAGACCAAUUGCAUCGAACACUGCAUAUAUUGCAUCUCAACCAAUGGACAAUAAUGUAAAGAAUCAUCAGAUGCAGCCUUGGUUUGUACCAGAGAAGCAAAAUAGGGAUGAAGGUAAUAAUUCGUUUGAAUUUGUUGAGAGUGGGAGUCGAGGUCAUAGUGGCUCAAGCGUGUGGAAUCAGGUGCCAGGUUUCAUGGACUUCCCAGUUGUUGGAGGCAAGAGUGAUGUGUCCAGGAACGUGCAGAUGCAAGAAUCAUGGAAGACGGAAAUGGCCCAUACAAGGCGAACUGCGGUUAAUGCUAAGGAUGGUACUGGCAGUUACAAAAGUGAAUUUCUUGCAUCUGGUGAUGACGAUGAAAUGGCUGAGUGGUUUGGAUGUGGAAAAGAGACAUGCACUCACUCCCUUCACUUCUCUACAGCAGUAAAAUUCGCACUCUUUUUAUCAAUCAAAUCAAAGUUCACCCCCUUUUUUUCUCUCUCUCUAAAGAUUUCUUCAUCUCCGAAACCGCAGCGAGAAAUGGGUUCUGAAGGAUCAUCGCGGGUUGUUGUGCCUAGGAACUUUCGGUUAUUGGAAGAGCUUGAGAGAGGAGAGAAGGGGAUAGGUGAUGGAACUGUGAGCUAUGGGAUGGAUGAUGCUGAUGAUGUAUACAUGCAAUCAUGGACGGGAACCAUCAUUGGUCCUCCUAAUACUGUACAUGAAGGACGCAUAUACCAGUUGAAAUUAUUCUGUGGGAAGGAUUAUCCAGAUAAUCCACCAAGUGUAAGGUUCCAGACACGGAUAAAUAUGAGCUGCGUUAAUCAGGAAACUGGUGUGGUUGAACCCAGUCUCUUCCCCAUGCUAGCUGCUUGGAAAAGGGAGUACACAAUGGAGGACAUAUUGAUGCAGUUGAAAAAAGAAAUGAUGUCUCCCCAAAAUCGUAAAUUGGCUCAACCUUCGGAAGGCAAUGAGGAUGGUAGGGUGGAGCAAAAGGGGAUAGUGCUCAGAUGUUGCAUCCUCUAAUCUUACCCAAGACUUUGAACGUGAUAAAGUACAUACUAAUAUAAACUGUAGGUAGCAUGUUAGCACUUUUCCUAGGAAAUAUAUUUCAUUUGCAUCGAGGAAAUGUAACCUAAGUUUGCAUGAGACAGACUUAUAUAUAUAACUAUCCAUUUCGCUGAAUAAGCUGUAUCUAUCAGAAUUGUUUUCCAGUUCAAGCUCUUUGCCAAUGCUGCAUGAAAAUUCUGCCUUCUCAUGGAAGGAGAUUUACUUGUGUGAUUGACGGUGUAACUUCUUACGAACCCAUUGGGGUGUGGGAACUGUAAUACUGUUCUCUUCAUCACUGACGAUUUCGUUAUUCGAGGCUCUAUAUUUGUAUUA